AGUGGGGACACGUUGAUGUGGAGCGGAGUUUUGAAAACAAACGAAAUAUAAAAUCCUCGUCUUUAUUCCACUUAAAUCAGAAGACGGCAGCAAGAUGAAAGAAGUCUUCGUGCUUUCACAUCACAAAGAGGGGAGGACAAAAUGCUUCCGUGGAAGAAGAGCAAGUUGGAUCUGAUCGAGGAAGACAAGCCGUCCAAGCAGAAGGGCUAUGCGGUGAGUCUCAACUACGCGGCGCUCGCCUCCUUCGCCAAGUCCUGCCCGGAGAGCGCGCUCUACCGGGUGGGCAACAUGUUCAAGUCCAGGAGGAGGAAGGUGAAGAUCACCGGCGACGACCCCACCUACACGGUGCUCUACCUGGGCAACGCCACCACCAUCCAGUCCAAAGGGGACGGCUGCACGGACGCGGCGGUGGGCAAGAUCUGGGCCAAGAGCGACGCGGGCAAGAGCGGCACCAAGAUGCGCCUGACCGUCAGCUCGCAGGGCGUCCGCAUGGUGCACGUGGACGACAAGGCCGGGAGGCCGGGGCACCUGUACCUGCUGCACCGGAUCACGUACUGCGUGGCCGACCCCCGGCUGCCCAAGGUCUUCGCCUGGAUCUACCGCCACGAGAUGAAGCACAAGGCGGUGAUGCUGCGCUGCCACGCCGUGCUGGUCUCCCGGCCCGAGAAGGCCAAGGCCAUGGCGCUGCUGCUCUACCAGACGUCCGCCACCGCCCUGGCCGAGUUCAAGCGCCUCAAGCGGCGCGACGACGCCCGCCACCAGCAGCAGCAGCUCAUCGGCGAGCGCAGCGUCCCCCUGGUGCCCCUCAGGAAGCUGCUCAACACCCAGUGCUGCUACAAGCCCCCCGUGGAGCGCAGCCGCAGCGCCCCCAAGCUGGGCUCCAUCACCGAGGACCCGCUGGGCGAGGAGGAGGAGGACAAGGCGGCGCACUUUGAGUGCGAGGACGUCCUGGACACGCGGGACGGCGGCCUGGUCGCCCGCGACGACCAGCAGGAGCUGACUCAGAUCAUCAACCAUUUGGGCGAGAUGAGCAUCGGCAACGACGUGCGGACUCUGAAGGCCGACCUCAAAGUCACCCGCCUGCUCUCGGGAGAAAGCACCGGCAGCGAGUCGUCCGGAGACAGCGACCGGAGACUCUCCAACGGCCUGGAGCGCAUCAGCGUGCAGUCGCCCGCAUGAACAGGUGGCACUACCUCAACUUUCAUGUAGAGGUGGCACUACCUCAACUUUCAUGCAUAGGUGGCACUACAUCAACUUUCAUGUAAAGGUGGCACUAUGUCAACUUUCAUGUAGAGGUGGCACUACAUCAACUUUCAUGUAAAGGUGGCACUACGUCAACUUUCAUGUAGAGGUGGGACUACGUCAACUUUCGUGCAUAGG